AUGACUUGCAUGUCAAACUUUGUCAUAAAUCGUCGAGAGCUUUCAGAUGAGCUAAAGAUCAUCACCUAUUUUGCAGAGGUAUUGAAGGAUAGACUACAACAAGAUCUUAAACUCAACACAAAACUCAUUGAUUUACGGAAAUAUGAUCCCGAUGAAUCUUUGAGGAAUGAGGUCAAAGAUACCAUAUUAUGCAUCUUUAUAAUGGCUACUUACACUGAUGGUCAACCCACAGAUGGAGCAGAAUGGUUCUACAAAUGGCUUAAAGAAACUGCUGUUGAUUUCCGAGUUCAGAAAACACUUCUUAGCGGGCUCAACUAUUGUGUUUUGGGUCUUGGAAAUUCACUUUACGCAGAUCAUUUUAAUAAGGUGGGUAAGGAUGUUGAUAAAUGGCUCCAUGACCUGUCUGCCAUCAGGUUCAUGGCUCUUGGCACGUCAGACGAGAAUGUAUCGAAAAGUGAAAAUGGCGGAAAGGAAGAAGACUUUCGUGCUUGGGUACAAAUUUUGAUGAAGAAACUGAAAGCACCUGGAUUUUAUUCGGCAAAUAAGGGAAACGGUCUCUUGAAAAAUAAAGACGAAGAGAUCUCCGAUUAUCAGAAUCAUAAUAAGUCAACAAAUGCCAAAGAACAGUUAUACGAUAGUGCGAGUGAUGUUGAACAAGAUAAUGAGAAUGGAUACACUGACGGUGCUGAAGUCGUUGACGUAGAAGACUUGGGGAAUAUAGUCGGGAAAAUGAAUGAAAAGAAAAAAGAGGGAGUUUCCUUAGUACCAAAAGAAAUGAUUACACCUUUACUUCGGAAAUCAUUGACAAAACAAGGAUACAAACUUGUUGGUUCCCAUUCAGGUGUUAAGCUAUGUCGUUGGACUAAGUCAAUGCUACGCGGUCGUGGGGGAUGUUACAAACAUACUUUUUACGGCAUAGAAAGUCAUCGUUGUAUGGAAAGCACUCCUAGUUUGGCUUGCGCGAACAAGUGCGUCUUUUGUUGGAGGCAUCAUACAAAUCCGGUUGGAACGGAAUGGCGUUGGAAAAUGGACGAGCCCGAUGAUAUUGUCAACGAAGCCAUUAAAAAGCACUGUGAUAUGAUAAAACAAUUCAAAGGUGUUCCUGGUGUGAAAGCCGAACGUCUCGAGGAAGGAAUGGCAGUCAGACAUUGUGCUCUGUCGUUAGUCGGCGAACCAAUCAUGUACCCCAAGAUCAACGAUCUUCUUACAUUGCUUCAUGGCCGUGGUAUUUCGUCUUUCCUGGUAACUAAUGCCCAGUUUCCUGACGCCAUCAGAAAUCUUCUACCUGUAACACAGCUUUAUGUGAGCGUUGAUGCAAGCACCAGAGAAAGCUUAAAGAAAAUAGAUCGACCUCUUUUCCGAGAUUUUUGGUCUAGAUUUCUGGAAAGCCUUCGAGCGUUAGCCGACAAGGGACAAAGGACUGUGUAUCGACUGACUUUAGUCAAAGGUUGGAAUGCUGAAGAAAUAAAAGGCUACACUGAACUUGUGUCUCUAGGAAGGCCUGACUUUAUCGAAGUUAAGGGAGUGACUUAUUGUGGUGAUUCAAAAGCAUCGUCAUUAACUAUGAAGAAUGUUCCAUGGCAUGAGGAAGUGAUUGGUUUUGUAAAGCAACUCACGGAUGCAUUGCCGGAUUAUGAAAUUGCUUGUGAACAUGAACACUCCAAUUGUCUUCUUAUUGCUAAGAAAAAGUUUAAGGUCGACGAGAAAUGGCACACUUGGAUUGAUUAUUCAAAGUUUCAUUCAUUGAUGAAAAGAUACCAAAAUACAAACGGCCUGGCUUCGUUUACCUCCUUAGAUUACAUGGAAGCUACGCCUUCUUGGGCCGUUUUUGGUGACGUUAAUAGAGGAUUUGACCCAAACGAAGCCAGGUUUAAGCGUAAAGGCAAAAUGAAAGAUCAUGCUAGUAUUUAGUAAAAUACUUCAGACUUUCAGUGCAUGAAUGAUCACAAUCAUGCAUAGUAAUGAUAAUGCUGUUCCUUUUUUUGAACAUUAAAAAAUAUGAAUCAUUCCAUGAAAAAAAUGUAGAAUCAGCGUGUCCGCUACAGCAUUUUGUGUUCAUUUGUGUAGUGUGACAAACAUUUUCCAUCCUCUCAUUCCAUGAAAAAAAUAUAGAAUCAGCGUGUCCGCUACAGCAGUUUGUGUUCAUUUUGUGUAGUGUGGCAAACAUUUUCUAUCCUCUCAUUAGUUACACUGUCAAACUAAAACAAAGAUAAACAACAAAACUCUUUUAAAAUCGAUGGAUGUUUUUCAAUGCAUGACAUACCAAUGUGGCGUAAGCAAUUCGUGCUUUUCUUUCAAUAAAAACUGCGAACAAGUUUUUUUUAUGACAGUUUGGUAUGUUUGUCAUAUAUUUCUACCACAAAGAUAUUUGUUCAAAAGGUGUGUUCGCUUUAAAAAUGCGCGUGUCAGAAAAUUUUUACUGAUGAACAAAGAAAACAUAUAAUUAAUGGAAAAGCGAUUUGUCCACGUUGUCUACGUUGAAUAGAAAAAAUGUUUUAUAAGAAUUUCUUGUUAAUACUGUCUCCACGUUGUCUACGUUGAAUAAAAAAAGAAGUUUUAUAAGAA